CUCCUGGUGUCUUCGGAAAUGAAGGCCAUUGCUAUAUUCCUUGUCUUCAUCUUUUGCUGGACGACCUCCACCCUUAGCAGCUUGCAGUUCCAGAGGAUGGUCAGACACUCACAGGGCCGCAGCGCCUUCUUCUCCUAUUACGGAUACGGCUGUCACUGUGGGCUAGGGGGCAGAGGAUCCCCAUGGACGCCCACAGACAGGUGCUGCUGGGCUCACGACUGCUGCAACCACACGCUGAAGGAGCAUGGCUGCCAGCCCAUCUUGAAUGGCUACCAGUUCAGCAUUGUCAAUGGGACUGUGGCUUGUGGAUGCCUCCCGGGUAGCAGCUGCCUCUGCGGGCAGAAGGCCUGUGAGUGUGACAAGCAGUCUGCGUACUGCUUCAAGGAAAACCUGGACACCUACGAGAAAGCCUUCAGGCAGGUCUUCCUGAGCAAGCCCCAGUGUGGCCGACACAAACUCCGGUGCUAG